CCUCCAUAUCAUGUGAUUCAGGUGUUCCAAUCCCCUCCAUAUCAUGUGAUUCGGGUGCUCCAAUCCCCUCCAUAUCAUGUGAUUCGGGUGUUCCAAUCCCCUCCAUAUCAUGUUAUUUCGGGUGUUCCAAUCCCCUCCAUAUCAUGUGAUUCGGGUGUUCCAAUCCCCUCCAUAUCAUGUGAUUCAGGUGCUCCAAUCCCCUCCAUAUCAUGUGAUUCAGGUGUUCCAAUCCCCUCCAUAUAAUGUGAUUCAGGUGUUCCAAUCCCCUCCCAAUCAUGUGAUUCAGGUGUGCCAAUCCCCUCCCAAUCAUGUGAUUCAGGUGUUCCAAUCCCCUCUCAAUCAUGUGAUUCAGGUGUUCCAAUCCCCUCCAUAUCAUGUGAUUCAGGUGUUCCAAUCC